CUAACUUUUGCGGUACCUGUGACUAAUUAUGUCGGCUAGGCCUGAUGUGUGUUAGUACCAGCAUAUUACGCACGGGUAGUCCCUGUUAUUUUCUUGAUUCUGUGCUGCUAUCGUAAGUGUUUUAAUGCUUGGCCAGCAAAUUCGGCGCGGGGGUUCCUGGAUGCAUGAAGAAGAUAUCGAUCGAUUCAGCCCUAGAGCCGCAUUGCAGCCGCAUUCUGUACUAGGUCUUGUUUUUUUUUUUCCUCGUUGCUACCUAACCUAGCAAUAUCAGUAUCGAACAGACCUUCAUAAAACAUUUUGAUAACUGGUUUUCCCGACUAUAUAUAUAUACCUAUAUAUACUUGAUCUACAUCAGUGUGUCUGUCUAUAUCAGUCAUAGUUACAUACACGUUAUACGUACAUAACAUAGCCAGGGUGACUCACAAUGGCGAGAAUGGGAUUAUCCAGUUUCCCCAGCUCUCCCUUCGGGGGCCUCAGCGGGCCAAAUAGUACUCCGAUCCGAGUCCUCAUCGCGCUCGCCCCCGUCGCUAUCCCCGCUGCUUAUAUCGUCUAUCUCCAGCGCUCGCUUGCGCGGCACACCGCUGCUUCGGCACUCAUCUCACCGCCAGAUUCCUUGUCCUCCGCUUCUUCGGCCGAAGGCGCCAGCGACAAGGAUGCGCUCCCGUCUGACGUCCGGCAUCAUCCGGAGCAGUACGUCGUGGCGCGGGAGCGCGUGACUUCGGCCCUGGUCCCGGUGUCGUCGCUUCGGCCGGAAUUCAUCUCCAAGAAGGGUAAUCUGAGCGGCCUGCUGGAUUCGUAUCUCAGCGCUACUAUGACGGCGUUCUCGUGGACGCCGCAGGCGCUGCUGCUGGCGCGCAUGGCCUCGUCGCUCCCGGAUCCGGAGGCGUACAGGCGCACUUUCGACGCGGAGUACCUCGCCGCGUGCCGCUUCCGGCCGGGGGACCGCGUGUGCGGCGUGUACGUUGUGAGGAGCCGCAGCCGGAGCAAGGGGCGGGUGGUGUUGGAUUUGGCGCCGCCGGAGGGGUGGACGGGGCCGGUUGUUGGGGGGGCGCUGGUUGUUGGGUUUGAUGUUGUUGAUGUUGAUCGUGCGGGGAGGGGGAGGAGGAAUGAGAGGGAGAGGGAACGAGAGGGGAAGGGGAAGGGGAAGGAUGAAGGGGAGGGGGAGGUUAGGUUUGUGAAUGAGACGGUUAUGUGGAGGGAGAAGGAGGGGGGGAAGGCGACGCUGUUGGAGGGGUGGGUUGGGAGGUGGUUUCAUACUAUGAUGGCUAGGUGGUUGGUUGUUAAGGGUGUUGAGGCUGUGACGGGGGGGAAGAAUGAGUAGAGAUGUAGGUGCCUAGUUUGAAGAUAUGGUUUUGGUAUAUAGGCAUGGGUAUAGGUAGCAUCGCUCUGGUCCGAAGUAUUGCAUAAUUCCCACUCCAUGUUUAUUCUUUAUCUCAUAGCUAAGACAAUUAGGGCCUAUCAAAUCUUGGUACUAUUCGAUUGGGCCUUUAGUAAACCUCAGCCGUAGCUUAAAUAGGCUAUCCUAACUACCUGGUUAGGAUAGGAUAUUGAGCUACCAGGUGUGAUGGUAUAUAUAUCAACAUCGUAUAUCCGUGUCUUUCUGAGCUAGCUAUGUAAUUGUAUACGCAUCCGUUGUGCUAAAGUAUAUUCGUGUAAACACCAACCUUUUUAUCCCCCCUGACCUUUUCUAAUUUAGCUUCGUUAAGUUGCGUUUCAUGUCGUAAAUCUUCGUAUGGGCUUGGUGGCUAUGAACAUAUCAUAAUAAACUGUUUCUUUGGAAUGUAUUCCUUUGGCCUAAUAUGCUGAAUCU